AUGGCUAAAGGAGGUCAAAUUGAAUUAUUUGUUGAGCAUUCUGCAAUUACUCAACAAAAUAGUCAUCAUGUCAUAAGUUACGAUGUUGGUACGUCUACGAGAGCACAAGUAGCAAGUUUCGCUGCAACACAAGAUUUUGAUGUUGGAGGCGUGCGUUUAGGGGACAUUGACAAUUGUGAUGUGGUUGAUGACAUUAUAGGUCCUGAUAAAGCCGACUUUCUUGAUCCACCAUCACCUUAUGAUUCAGAAGAUGUAAACAUUGUUAGUACAGACUCAGAUGGUGAUCCGUCAGAUGAUGAUCCAGUUGGAGAAACAGCAGUUGAAGAAAUAGUGGAUGGAGAAACAACAGCUGGAAGAAGAGUAGUUCCACAGUUCCCACAGCGUGGAAUGAACUAUUUUCGCACCUUACCAGGUACAUAUGAUAGUUUUGAUCCAAAGAACUUUGAGGCUGCUGAUCCUAGUGUGCAUUAUUGGAGUGAAAAGGAUCCUAGCAAAGUCGGUUUGCAUUCCAAAUUUAGAACGAAGUUAGAAUUGAAGACCGCCGUUACUUUUUGGCAUUUGAAAAAAAUCCGACAAUAUACAGUUGCUGAAAGUAAAGGAAAGAGAUGGCAUGCGGUUUGUAAUUACCCACAAGGAAAUCCGGAAGAUAAGUCAUUACCGAAAUAUUUGUGGGAGUGUCGAGCAACAUUGAGAAAGCAUGAUGAACACUGGCAAAUUAGAGUGUUUACCACUGCUCAUACUUGUAUGGGGGAUCGCAAUUAUGAUGGGCACGCCAAUCUCGGGUCGUCCAUGAUAGCAUUGAGUGUUCGGCAUCAGAUAGAAAACGAUCAUGCUUACAAGGUAAAAGCUAUUGUGGCGGAUAUUGAAAAUAGAUUUCAUGUGAAAGUUAGUUACAAGAAAGCAUGGUAUGCUCGGAGGACAGCUAUUGAGCUUGUAUAUGGUGGUUGGGAGUGGUCAUUCAAAGUUUUACCGUCUUAUUUGAAUGAAAUGCAGCGACAAAAUCCUGGUACAAUUGUCGAAUGGUUGCACGAUGACAGAUUAAGCCGCGGUAUGAACAAGGUUUUCAAGUACGUAUUUUGGGCUUUUGGACCAGCUGUGGAGGCUUUUCAACUAUGCAAACCAGUUUUAACAGUUGAUGGAACUCAUCUAUGUGGACGAUGUCGAGGCUUUGUAUAG